AUGACAUCCAUUUUCUAUUGUUCAAUCAUACUGCUUGCCUCCCUCUUCACUGUCAAGCUCCUUCUCCGAAGAAGGAGGUUUAGAAACAUCCCUCCAACACCGCCCGGUCUUCCGGUGAUCGGCAACCUCCACCAACUCAAGAAGCCACUCCAUCACCAACUACAUCUCCUUUCCCAACGCUAUGGUAAAAUCUUUUCCCUUUGGUUUGGCUCUCGUUUGUUUGUGGUUGUCACUUCACCAUCUGCUGUUCAAGAAUGCUUCACCACUAAUGACAUCACAUUGGCAAAUCGACCCCGGCUAAUCAACGGAAAGUAUAUCGGUUACAACUACACCACCAUAUCGUUCACCAACUACGGCAACCAUUGGCGUAACCUCCGGCGCAUCAUGAUGGUUGAGAUCCUCUCAACGCAUCGUCUCAGCCAUUUCUUGGAAAUGAGAACAGACGAGGUGAUGCGGCUCGCUCGAAAGCUAGCCUAUGAUUCCUACCAGGGUUUUGUCAAGGUGGAAUUGAAAUCAAAGUUUUUAGAGAUGACAUUUAACAAUAUAAUGAGAAUGAUAUCUGGGAAAAGGUACCUGGGAGAUGAUAUUGAUGUGAUUGAUGUUGAAGAGGCAAGGAAGUUCCAGAAUAUCUUAAAUGAGUUAUCAAAGUUAGGAGGGGCAAGCAAUGCUGGAGAUUUUUUGCCCAUAUUGAGGUGGAUUGACUAUGGUAACUUGGAGAAGAGGCUCAAGAGUUUUUCCGAGAGAGUCGAUAAGUUUUUGCAAGGGCUCGUUGAUCGACAUCGAAAUGCUAGCCAAACAGAAAAUACCAUGGUUGAUCAUCUAUUGAGUUUACAAGAAUCAAAUCCAGAGUACUACACGGAUCAAAUCAUCAAGGGCCUGAUUUUUGUUAUGAUUAUUGCUGGAACAGACACAUCAGCAGUGACUUUAGAAUGGGCAAUGUCCAAUUUAUUAAACAGCCCUGAUGUGUUGAAAAAGGCACAAAAAGAAAUGGACACACACAUAGGACAAGGACGACUAAUGGAAGAGAAAGAUGUUUCGAAACUGCCAUACUUGCAGAAUAUCAUCUAUGAAACACUUCGGUUACACCCUCCAGUGCCAUUAUUGGUUCCCCGUGAGUCUUCAGAUGAUUGCACCAUUGGAGGGUAUAAUGUCCCACGCGGCACUAUAGUUUUAGUCAAUAUUUGGGCCAUCCACAGAGAUCCCGAGUUAUGGAGCGAUCCAACAAGUUUCAAGCCUGAAAGGUUUGAGAAAGAAGGGGAAGUUAACAAAUUAAUUCCAUUUGGGAUGGGAAGACGAGCAUGUCCUGGAGCAGGUUUAGCUCAACGAAUAGUGGGUACAACAUUGGGUUUGUUAAUUCAGUGCUUUGAAUGGAAGCGUAUAAGUGAGGAAAAAAUCGAUAUGAUAGGAGGAUCAGGGGUUACCUUAACAAAGGUUAUUCCUUUAGAGGCCAUGUGUAACGCACGCCAUCCAAUCAUCGACAAGGUACUUUCGAAAAGCAUUACUAAUGAUGAUGGCCAAACAAAAGAGUGA